AUGGGCAGGUUGAAAGACAAGUCAGUGUGCCGAGGUUGGACGGAAGAAGAAGACAACUUGAUUCGGUCGCUGGUCGAGAAAUAUGAAGGUACAUCAUGGAAGGAAGUUGCGGAGUAUAUUCCAAGAAGGACCGGGAAACAGAUCAGGGAAAGAUGGCACAACAUGCUGGAUCCGAACAUUAAGAAGUCAUCAUGGACAAGAGAGGAAGAAGUAAUUCUCUUCCAUGCCCAUGCCGUCUACGGCAAUCGAUGGGCUGAGAUCGCCAAGCUGCUGCCAGGCAGGACGGACAAUGCUGUCAAGAACCACUUCAACAGGUCUCUCCUUCCUCAUCGCUCUCCUCCCUUGAUGGUCCAGCCAGCGGGAUGA